GUUCUUGAUUAUAUUUGAGAAAAUGAAGAGCAUGAUUGUUGAAGUGGGUUGGCUUAUGCUCUUGCUUGCUACCGCUGCAAAUGUGGUGAUGAGUUCACAGACCAAUCAACCUCACUGCGUACCCAAAGACAGACAGGCUCUCCUCACCUUUAAGAAAACUCUAAAUGGUACUUACGAUGAUCUCUCCUCCUGGACCAACAGAAGCACUGACCAAAACUGCUGCAAGUGGGACUACAUCACUUGUGACAACCAAACCAAUCAUGUUAUUUCCAUUGGUACUGGAGGGACUGAAACAAUUGGUGGUGAGCUUGACUCUUCCUUGGCAGAACUGCAACAUUUGAAUCACUUGGACCUCUAUGCGAUGAGCAUUCGUCGGAUUCCCAAGUUUAUUGGCUCAUUGAAAAAUCUUACAUAUCUUGAUCUUGCAGGUAAUAAUAUUAACUCGGUUCCAGAUUUUAUUGGCUCUUUGAAAGAGCUUACAUAUCUCAAUCUUGCAGGGAAUAACAUCAGUGUGGUUUCAAAUUUUAUUGGCUCUUUGAAAGAGCUUACAUAUGCCAAUCUUGCAGGGAAUAAUAUCAGUGUGGUUCCAAAGAUUAUAAGCUCUUUGAAAGAACUUACAUAUCUCGAUCUUGGAGGGAAUAAAAUCAAUGUGGUUCCAAAGUUUAUUGGCUCUUUGAAAGAGCUUACAUAUCUCGGUCUUGCGGGAAAUCCUAUCACUGAAAUUAUUCCUCCACAACUUGGAAAUCUCACCAAAUUGCAAAGUCUUGAUUUUUCAAGCACUUCUCGGAUGAGUAAUUAUGAAUGGAUCUCUCAUCUCACUUCUUUGAAGACUUUAACAUUGUCCAAAGUGAAUUUCACUGUAGCAGAGUUGCAAUCAUUCAAAGGGGCACCAUUCUUGUCAAGCUUAUCCAUAUCAAAUUGUCAGCUUCCCAAGGUAGAUAUUUCAUUUCUUUCCCAUACAAAUGAUUCCUUUCAUUUUCUCCAAUCUCUUGAGCUAAAUGACAAUUAUAUACAUCCUUUAGCAAUUACAUGGUUGUUAAAUUCUAGUGUUCACCUUACACGACUUUCCCUCACAGACAACAGCAUAAAUGGUUCCUUUCCAAAUUCCUUUGAACAAACAAAAUCACUUCAAUUUGUUGAUUUGUCAUCUAAUGUUGUUGGAAGUGGAGUGCCAAAAUCCUUAGGAAACCUUACCAAUCUUAAGAGUUUGGAUUUGAAUUCUAACAAUCUUGGUGGAACUUUACACGAUCUUUUACAAAAUCUAUCAGGUUCAACCAAGAAUUCAUUAGAAAUUUUACACUUGAGUUCUAACCAACUUGGAGGGAUGAUUCUUGAUGACUUUGAAAAUAUUUUUCUAUUGUUGAAAGAGUUAUAUCUUGAUAAUAAUCAGUUGGAAGGUCCUUUUCUUAGUGGUUUAAAAAGGUUUCCUAGUCUUGAAAAUUUGGAUUUGGACAAUAACAAGCUGACAGGACUAUUGCCUAAUCUUUCGUCAAUGCCAAAUUUGACAAGGUUUAGUGUAUCUAACAACAUGUUCAAUCGUAUUUCAUGUGAAAGUAAUGGGAAGCUUGAUUGUCUUGGUACUUUAGAUAUUUCCUCGAACUCUCUUAUUGGCGUUAUCUCUGAAGUGAACCUACAGUGUCCCAAAUUGGAAACACUAAAUUUAUCAUACAACCAAGAUGUGAGAUUGAAAUUCAACUCCAGUUGGGUCCCCUUAUUUCAACUCACUUCCAUAACAUUAAGGUCUUGUAAAUCAGGUCCAGAAUUCCCUAGUUGGCUCCAAACCCAAACAAAUAUCGAGCAUCUAGACAUUUCCAAUAAUUCUAUUUCUGGUCCUGUUCCUUCUUGGUUCACAAAUAUAACUUCCAGCUUGAAUUACUUAAAUAUGUCCAAAAAUAAUCUUAGCAGCACCUUGCCUAAUUUUCCAGUACAAUCAUCAUAUAAGACAACAGUUGACUUAAGUUUCAACCAAUUCCAAGGUUCUGUCCCACCGUCUCUUUCCAUCAAUGCAACACGUUUGUUUCUCUCCAACAAUGCAUUUACCGAGUUUAGGUAUUUUCUAUGUGAAGCCAAAGAGGAGAGCAAGAAAGCAAAAUUGAUUGACCUUUCCCAUAAUUAUUUAUCUGGAAACCUGCUUGAUUGUUGGGCGAGUUUCCCAAAUUUGUUUGUUUUAAAUCUAGGAUAUAAUAUGUUGUCUGGCCAUAUUCCAAGCUCAGUUAAUAUGACAAAUAUUGCUUCUCUGCAAUUGAAUCAUAAUAACUUCUCUGGAACUUUGCCUUCCUCAUUGAAAAAUAACACUUCACUUAAAGUUCUAGAUUUGGCGAAUAAUACUUUGGAGGGGACAAUACCACCAUGGAUUGGAGAAAAACACAAUUUGGUUUUGCUUAGUUUGAGGUCAAAUAAAUUUUAUGGAAGUAUACCAUUGAAUCUUUGUCAUCUUACUAAAAUCCAAAUAUUAGAUUUAUCUGUGAAUGAUUUAUCAGGAGCCAUCCCUUCUUGCAUUCAAAAUUUCACAGCAAUGAUUCAAAUAAUGGAUGAUCAAGAAACCACCCUCUCCACGUUUAUAGGAUCCACUUAUGUGAACAGAAAUUUAGAAUUUUAUGAAAAUAUUAAUAUUGUCUCAAUCACUUGGAAAGGAAAAGAACACGAAUGUGAGAAGAAUUUGGGAUUAUUAAGAAUUAUUGACUUAUCAAGUAACAAAUUGAAUGGAGAGAUUCCAAUUGAAGUGACCGAUCUUUCUCAAUUGAUUCAACUAAAUCUAUCAAGGAAUAAUUUGAGUGGAAGAAUUCCUAAAGUGAUUGGGAGCUUGACGAAUCUACAAGUGCUUGAUUUGUCCCACAACAAAUUAUAUGGUCCAAUUCCCACAAGCUUGGCUAAAGUAUCUUUUUUGAGUUACUUGGAUCUGUCAAAUAAUCCAUUGUCAGGAAGAAUCCCUAUUGGUACUCAAUUACAAAUCUUUAAUGCUUCUAUAUAUUCCAUGAAUCUUGGACUAUGCGGACCUCCUCUAUCAAGUUCAUGCCCGGGAGAUGAGACAUUCCAUGAUCAUUCACAUUCAACUUAUUAUGGCAAUGAAGGUGAUGAUGAAAAUGGUGGAGAAUGGUUUGACCUACCGUGGUUUUACAAAGGAACUGGAGCUGGAUUUGUUAUCGGGUUUUGUGGCAUUUGUGGAAAUUUGAUGAUCAAUACUUCUUGGAGGCUUUCUUAUUUUAAGGUGAUGCAUAACAUAAGAGAUUGGCUUUAUGUGAUGAUCAUCAUUAAAUGGGCUUUGUUGCGGAGAAAACUAUCCUUGCACUAAUUAUAACCAGAACACAAGUUUGAUGAAAUGGAAGCUUGGAGCUGGGAUUGAUAAUGUUGUAUUUCAAUGCCAUUCAGUUGCGGUGGUGGCCAAUAU